AUGGCUAUUCAUCGCCAGUUUACAGCCCGCGACAGUGCCUCCGUCAAUGAUGCAGCAAUUCACUCUGAUCGAGCUGCAAGCAACAUAUACACGAGCUUCAACUAUGGCGCAUUUUGGAGCGUGGAAGCCAAUGCGAAGAAGAAGGCCGACUUUCUCGAUGGUUUCAACUUGGCCAAAAACCUAACAACUGACAUACCAUUCGACAGUGCGCGGCUGUUCACGUGCAAAACAGCUGGAACAGUAGACGGAUUAACGGAAGCAUUUGACGCCGCUGUGGAAUCAAGCACUAACCUCUUGCUGGGCUUCUGGAUAACACCAGCACGAAGUGGGGACUCGCCUGACGAGAAUGUCAAGAAUGAAAUGGCAGCACUCGAGAAAGGGUUCAAAAAGCAUGGCCAAGCACUUUCAGACCUCGUCAUUGGACUCUCCGUAGGAAGCGAGGACAUCUACCGCUCCGAAGCUGGCGAGCUAGGCCUUACAGCAGAGGUUGUUGGGCAGACUGUUGCUAAAGUCAAGGAGAGUAUUGCUGCGUCACCCUUUGCUGAAUACAUGAAAAACAAGCCCAUCGGACAUGUAGACACUGCCAAAUAUGCCGUCAUAGAUAACGCUGAUUUCAUCGGCAUGACUGCUUACCCAUACUGGAAUAAAGACAGCAUCAAUACAGCAAGUGGCAGCUUUCAACAUUCUCUGGAAGACGUCAAGCAGCGGGCAGGCAACAGGCCAGUUUGGAUCGCAGAAAUGGGCUGGCCAUCAACCGAUACAGAGCAACAUGGUGCAGCAAUUGCAGGGAUUGACGAACUACAAAAGUUCUGGACCGAAGUUGGAUGUUUCGUUUUUGGCAAGUAUACGACCUUUUGGUAUGAGCUACUAAAAGACUCUACGCCUGACCAGAAAGCCGACUGGGGCCUGAUUGAUACGCUUUCGCGCAAGCCUCGCAUCAAAGAUCUCAGCUGCGGAGUCCCAAAGCAAAGUCGUCCGGCUGCCCCUUCGGCAAAUUCGCAAUUUACACUGCAGUCUUCCUCAGAGUCAAACGGGUUAAGUGGCUUCAAGGCGCCCGUUCCUUCAACUACGCUACCAUCAUCUAAGACACAGCCAAACCUCGGAAUAUCGGAAGCUACUAUAUCCCAGGUCAAUCUGAGCACGACAUAA